UCGGGGCCGGAGGAGACGAUCGCAUGACAUAACCAAACAUUAUUCAAUUCAACUGAACGUAACCUGCAAUUCUGAGAGAUUAUCUUUCUGGAGUAAUUGUUUUUAUAAAAAAAAUGAAUUGUGCCGGGUUUUCGGGAAAUAUACUCAGAAAGUAUGUCGGUCAGUUGUUGCAGGUUAAUCAUGGAGUUGUAGCACAACAGACUAGAAAUACAUUCAUCUUAAAACGAAGACACCCACCUCCUCUCUAUCGAAAAGGGAGUAAACCCCCGAGCCUGAAACGUCGUCACUACAUCUACGACCUGGUGAAGAAUACAGACAACAGCAAACGACCUGCAUUGAGUCUAAUCCUGACGACAUACGUCGAUGGUCUGGGUAAUCGUGGGGAAAAGGUCUCGGUGGCGCCUUUCAAGGCUUACAACAAACUGCUCCUACCAGGUCUUGCCGUCUAUGACACCCCGGAGAACUCUCAGAAAUAUACAGUUCUCGAAAAAAACAAUCCAACAGAAAACACCUCUCCCUUCGUUCCAAGGACAAUAAACGUGUUGAAGCACAUGAUCCUCAGCAUCAUAAUGUCCAACGACACACCGUGGACCCUCGAGCCGUGGCAUGUGAGGUCAGCCUUCAGGAAGGCCCUCGUUCACCUCAACGAGGACUGCAUCACUAUGCCAAAUCACACAAUCACCGGUCCCAAUCACGAUAUUGAGAAUAGAGAGUUCUACGUCAUUAUCACAGUUAAUGGAAAAGAAAAGACACCUGUUAGGUGUAGGAUCCAUCAUCACAGCAAUGAUGUCCACGAUCGGAAGUUGAUUCCCGUGGUGGUCAAUUUCUGGAAAGAAAUGUCAGAGCCUUUGUUUCCAGAAGACAAGCCUGUUCUUGAUUCGUUACCGAUUCCCUUUUUGGUACAGAGGGAAAGGCAAAACCAAACUGUUGAUUAUGACGAACCUCUUUGAAUUGUAUUCUUUCGUGAUUUGUAAUAAACUCGUUAAAUAAUUUA